GUGGUGGAAGCGGCGCGAGAGCCGAUUGGAACGUCUUUUCACACGUUUGGAAACGAAACGGCCGAGUCCGUAGUGAACGGCUGUUGGCAGAAGCGUGACGUAAGCGCGGGCGGGAGGCGCUACCCUGAAAGUUGCUGUGGACAGAGCGAGACCAGUGACGAACCCAACAACCCAUCCAGGCAUCUCAACCCGACCCUGUAACCCAACCCAAUCCUGCAUUUCAACAUCGUCCCUACUCUUUGUCUCCAUCCGCUCAGCCACUUCCCUAACCAGGAGAAAAAUCUGUUCCAGCUGUAGCGCCUACCAUAAAGAGCAUUUCUAUAACCAUUUUGAGAAGCAUAGCUCCCAUGGAAUCCAGUUUUCAACAAUCUUUUUAAUCAUUAUGAGAUGACUGAAGUGGUUGCACUGAUUCUGGAUGCUUUUUCACAUAUUCAGCUGUAGGAAAUUAAAAACCUGAAUGUCGCAGGACUUCAAACAGCAGUCAGACCCUGUCCUCGUGCCAUACUAUGGAUUCUUCUGUCCCUGAGGAGUGUUUUCAAGCAUUAAACCAUGCAGAACAGACCUUCAAGAAGAUGGAAAACUACCUUCGACACAAGCAAUUGUGUGAUGUAGUGCUACUGGCUGGUGACCGGAGGAUUCCAGCUCACAGGCUGGUACUGUCUUCAGUUUCAGACUACUUUGCUGCAAUGUUCACAAAUGACGUAAGGGAGGCUAAACAAGAAGAAAUAAAGAUUGAAGGCGUUGACUCAAAUGCAUUGUGGGCAUUAGUUCAAUACGCAUAUACAGGUCACUUGGAAUUGAAGGAAGACAAUAUUGAGUGCCUGUUGUCCACAGCAUGCCUAUUACAGCUCUCACAGGUUGUGGAGGCAUGCUGUGGGUUCCUGAUGAAACAACUUCACCCAUCCAACUGUCUAGGAAUUCGUUCCUUUGCAGACGCACAGGGCUGCACUGACCUCCAUAAAGUGGCGCAUAACUACACUAUGGAGCACUUCAUGGAUGUGAUAAGAAAUCAGGAGUUUCUGUUACUGCCAGCAAAUGAGAUAGUUAAAUUGUUGGCCAGUGAUGACAUGAAUAUACCAAAUGAAGAAACCAUAUUGAAUGCACUGCUUAGCUGGGUUCGGCAUGAUACAGAUAACCGACAGAAAGAACUUAGCAAACUGCUGGCUUACAUCAGACUUCCUCUGCUCUGUCCUCAGUUUCUUGCAGACAUGGAGAACAAUGUGUUAUUUAGGGAUGACAUUGAAUGCCAAAAACUUAUUAUGGAAGCAAUGAAAUAUCACCUGCUACCAGAGCGACGAAAUAUGCUGCAGAGUCCUCGGACUAAACCCAGGAAGUCUACCGUAGGUGUGCUGUUUGCAGUCGGUGGAAUGGAUGCAACAAAAGGUGCCACAAGCAUUGAAAAGUAUGACCUACGUUCUAAUACAUGGACUCAUGUAGCAAAUAUGAAUGGGAGGCGACUACAGUUUGGUGUGGCAGUGCUGGAUGACAAACUUUAUGUUGUGGGUGGUAGAGAUGGACUGAAGACAUUAAAUACAGUAGAAUGCUACAAUCCAAAAAGUAAAACCUGGAGCGUAAUGCCUCCUAUGUCUACACAUAGACAUGGCCUUGGUGUGGAGGUUCUGGAGGGUCCUAUGUAUGCUGUAGGUGGACAUGACGGUUGGAGCUAUCUAAAUACAGUUGAACGGUGGGACCCCCAGGCUCGACAGUGGAACUUUGUUGCCAGUAUGUCAGUGCCACGAAGUACAGUUGGUGUAGCAGUACUUAAUGGAAAACUUUAUGCUGUUGGAGGUCGAGAUGGAAGUUCUUGCCUUAAGUCUGUAGAAUGCUUUGAUCCCCACACCAACAAAUGGACCCCCUGUGCACUGAUGUCUAAAAGACGGGGAGGAGUAGGAAUUGCCACCUGGAAUGGUUUCUUGUAUGCCAUUGGAGGGCAUGAUGCACCAGCAUCUAACCUCACUUCAAGGCUCUCUGACUGUGUGGAGAGAUAUGAUCCUAAAACUGAUACUUGGACGUCAGUAGCACCAAUGAAUAUCAGCAAAGAUGCAGUUGGUGUUUGCUUACUUGGUGAUCGGCUGUAUGCUGUUGGAGGAUAUGAUGGACAGUCGUAUCUAAAUUCUGUGGAGGCCUAUGAUCCACAAACUAAUGAGUGGACACAGGUUGCACCAUUGUGCCUUGGAAGAGCUGGAGCAUGUGUGAUCACUGUUAAACUUUGAUUUUUUUUUAUAUAAAUUUUGUAUUAUAACCAUUCCACAAGUUCAUUGAGAAAUAAACUUGUGACGGACAUCCCCUCAACUUCACUGAAAAGUGAAACGAAACUAAAAUGUUAACUAUCCCAAAAUUAUUGGGACCCUAAAUAUCUAUUAUUAGACAUUUCUUUUGAUCCUUGGAGUAGAAAAUCCCAAGUUGUAAUUGGCAUGCAUAUUUUGAAACACCAAGGGCUGAAUUUUACUGGCCAGCUGCAGACGGGAAAACAUGAAGGUGGACCUGUGAAUUAGGGUGCCAUCGACAUCGUGCCUGCUACCUGUCUGACCCCCCAACCCCCCAUCAUGAUUUUACUGGAGGUGGGCUGCCCAUGACCCAAUUGAGGCUCUUAAGUGAGCAAUUAAUGCCCAAUGAAGGGCCUCAAGCUGCAACUGCUCUGAUUUAAUUGGUGGUGGAAGAGACAUGCACCCAAUAUCUAGCCCAGCAGAUUUGGCCCUGCGCACCGCUGAUCAGUGGAAGGGGAGGUGCCUCCUUCCCGGACCCUCUGUGGCAAUCAGACGCUCCCCCUGCAUAGUUUUGUCUCACCUAUCCACCCUUCUGUACUGUCCAACAUGCUCCUCCAUCCUCCUUGCCAGGGCCUGCCAGCCCAGCCCUGGCGAGAUCCUGAACUUGCCUGGGUUUGGAGGCAUCCAUGGUUCCACUUCCACCAAGGUCUCCUGCAAUACUGGCAGUAGCCACCAAUCCUGGUUUGGCACAGGGCUGCUGGUUUCCAAUUGGCUGGCACGCUAUGAGGCGGGACUUCCUCCUGGAAAUAGACAGAAGUCCCGCCUCAUACUAUUGAAGUGCCAUCGCCUGAAAACUUAAAGCAGGGUGAGCCAGCCAAAUGGAGGCGGGUUCGCCCCCAAAAUUUACACUGGCGUACGGGAGUCCCUGCUCAGCGUAUAAUCCCAGUCCCCAAAACUGGGGCUCACAAACUAUACGUGAAGUCAGAGACUUUUAUACCUUGACAGUUCUUCUAUUGCCUUCUUAAAAUGGAACCAAAAUAUUGUGGACUCAAACUUUAUUUUGAAAUACCUGCCAUUUCCCUAUUAGUGUUGUGUUCUGAUUUCUGUAUGUUAAAGAUCCACCGUUCAAAAUACUUGUUAAGGAGAAAUUAAUUUGUGUAGAAGAACUAGGGAUCCUGAAGGACUGCUGUAAUUUUCACAAUGUUUUAGCUUUUAACCUAUAUGAUUUUAAUCUACUUUCCCACCCUCAAACCCCUGAUGCCUUGACAUCGACUCUAUUUCUACUUGUAGGUUCUGUUCUCUGAUUACUUUUCAAUAACAGUGCACCCACCAUACAAGCUCUAGAAUCUUCAUAUUUUUUUCUGAAAAAUGUGGGUUUCAUCUCCAUUUGCCUGAAUAGACCAUGUUAUGCAACCGUGGCUGGAAACAGCACAUGUAUAAGCCUAAUAAUAUGUGGACUAACUGCACAUUAUAGGAAUAAUUUUCCACUUUUGCAUUUCCAGUGGAGAGCAACAAAUAUCAAGAGUUUUGAUUUUAACAGUAGGUGCAAAAUGUUGCAGCUAUUGUGCAGCCAGUCUCCUAUCUAUCCAUUCAUUUUACUGGACUGAAGAUGGGCAGGCUGUGUGAGCUAUUCUAACGUGCACUAUUGUGUGCCAGAAGAACAGAAGUGGAAAAUUACCCCUUAUAUGUUGUGUCUAAUUGCACCUUUGUCUUAAUGGAAACUAAAUAUUGUUAUAGUUUCCUUUGACCAUAUUCUAAACAUGUUUUCUCUUUGUUUUUAAUCCAAACUGCCUUCAUUAAAAGUAAUGUAAAUGCAGGAGAGUUUAAUAUAUAGAAGACAUUGUAUUUUUUUUUUGUUUGUACAACCUGUGUGCUUUUUGCUAUUAAUUUGUAGCUUGUAACAUUCCAGGUUUUCAGCUCUUUCAAGCUACAAAAUGUCUUCAGUUGCACAUUUUAUGUUCUAAGACAAGUUAUUAACUGACCAAAUACAGAUUGUGCUCUUCACAUUGUGAUUGUUUCAACUCCAGAAGAUCUCGGAAAAAUUCCAUGUUAUAAAAACCAUGAGGUGUAAUUCAUGCCUUAAUAUGAAUCUGCAGUUUUCUUUUGUCUUCAUCAUUUGGUUUUGUUUUUUGUUCUUGUUGUAAGAGUCUAUUUGCUAUCAUGUAUUAACAAAUUUUGUUAGCACAGACUUGUGGACCAGCAUGCUCAUUCCUAUCAAAGGACCAUUGAUUUUAUUUACCACUAAAAUGUAGUUGAAUAGUUAAUAAUUCUUCGAUAGUUGUUGGUUUGAUUUGGAUAUUGCUUUUUGUUAAAUCUAUCUAACCGAAAUGGGUGAAAUAGCAAAUUGAGCAUUCCCGAUUUCCACGACUCCCCUUAAUUCAUUGGAUUUUAAUGACUCCCAGCAGGUACAAAUUAAAAGCAAUGUGCCAUAAUUCCUACCAUAAUGUCUUGACUACCAAUUAUUUUACUCGCACAGAUUUGGCUUUGUCUCAGUUUGAUUUUAAGUCAUUUGAUCAUAUUACAUUUGAAACUGUUUUAUUGUGAAUAUCCACUUUGGUAGAGCUGCCUGCUUUAAGAAAGUCUGUACAGACUACUUCUUGUGCCUUGAUCAGAACUGAUCACUUUGUUCAUACUGAUUUUCUUUAAACUCUACUUUAUUGGUUUACCUGUUAUAUAUGACACUUACUACUUAUCAUUUACAGUGAACACUGAAUUUUUAGAUAUUGAUAAUAUUGGUUUAAUUGUUAAGGACCUUUAUACUGAUGUGUGUAAUGAAUAGUGCAGUGAUUUAAGUACUCUCCACUUGCAUUUAUGAUAAGGGUUAAUUCAUCUAAUUCAUAAUUUACAGUAAUUGGUUCACUGCUUGUUUUUAAUUUCAGUGUGGAUGCCCAUUUAACUCCUAGGAUCAUUGUUUGAACAAUUGAUUUAAGAUUAACCUGAAAAUUGUGAACCAUUUUGCAUGUUCUAAAAAAAAACCUAGCUUCUUCCAGCCCUGCACAAAUUACUGUUUUCUCUUUAAAUCAUUUUGCUCCCUAAACAAUACAGAUACUCUAGGUGACAAGGAAGCAUCAUGUUGUCAUGGAUAAUAGCUUUUCUUUGAAAUUCUGCACUUUUUAAUAGUCAUAAGCCCCAAUUAUAUUUAUCUGCUAGUAAUCCUGAAAAUUUCUCAUAUUUUCUUCCACCUAAUUUUUACUCAGCCAAUUUAUUUUAUAUUUGAACCAUGUUUCAGUAAGUGAGCAUCUGCCUUGUUCUAAUAAUUGACCUGACAAUUAGGAAGAAUAUUUUGAAAUCUAGAGAAUUAACAGUUCAAAUGUUAACACAGAAGAUCACUGUAGGAAAGCGAUGGAUGAUGGAAAACAAAGCAUCAAAGGUUGGCCACCAACCAGUAGGAAUCCUAGAGUUUUAUAAUGGUUAUUGCUGUCGUCUGUCAGAGAUCAAUGGUGUUUUAGAACUUAUUUUACAUUUAUAGGCUCAUGUAUACACAUUGUUGGCUUCCUAAAAUGAACCCAAACAAAGAUUAGGUAAAGGGAAGUACGUCUCUAAAGACGAUUAUAGAGAAUGAGAAUAACUACGAUAAGAAAGAUAACUUCUUCUGGAAGAGGAGUUAGUUUGAGGGGAUAAACAGGCACGGAGAAGGCAUGUCAGGAAGUAUCAACUUGGUUUUUGUAUCUAAGGUCAGAAGAUAGUGGGCUGAAAUUCCAUUCGUGCACACAGAAUCUCGGCUAAUGCUUUAGUACACUACUGAGGGUGGUUCGAUUUUCAAGGUGCUGUGCUUUGCAUAACACAUUAAGCCAAGGUCCUGCCUGCCUGUCCCAAUAGUGCAAGUUGCCCAUAGCAAUUUUGUAAGGUGAACAGAGUUCUCCCAGUAAUCAGAUAAACAUUCCACUCACAACCAAUAUUACCAAAAAACAGAUUAAUUGGCAAUUAAUCUCAUUGUUGUUUGUGGGACCUUGCUGUAUGCAAAAUGUUUGGCCAUGUAUCAACAGUCACUAUACUUCAAAAUAACUUACGAUCUGUGACAGUGACAUUUGGGGUUGUAAACCAUAACACAUGCACCCUCGCUGUAAAGUUAAUGUUUUAUCUAAGUUAAAUUUUUAUCCUUCAUCUUUAAUUCCUUUGUUGAUAUAUACAGUUCCUUCAGCUUGUUGAUUAAAAAUUGUGUGCAAGCUUUUGAUUAUGGUCAAUCAAUCUGUUUCAAAGCAUAGAAAAACACACUGCAGUUUGAUAUCCUACUGAAUACAGCAUCUGUCACACCAAAUUAUGGUGUGGUUAUAGUAUCAGAUUGGUUGAUGCCUGGGUAACUAUUUUGUGAAUCUCAGAUCCCUAAUAGUUUUGAUGAGAAAGUAUAUAAUGUAUAAAAUGAUUGUAUAAUGGUGUAUGGUAGCAUGUAUUGCUGGACAGUAAUAUUCAUGUUUAAAGUGUACUAAAUGUAACAAACUUUUUAAUUAUAUUAAUGUCUAAUCUAUUGUUAGGCUGAUACUUGUUGCCAUGGUAUUAUGAUUUAUGCACAAUUCCAAGAAGCUCUUUUGUAUAAGUGCAGUUAUUUAUCUUACCUCUUUAGUUGACCACUUCACAGCAAUCACUCCACAGCCACAGCAAGAUAAUUAAAGAUAAUUGUCACCUGAAA